UUGCUGUGAUUGUUGUCCAUGAGGUGGCGGUAAUGUACUCCCAACGUGUACUAACCGAAGAAGAAGUCACUUGGGCGAUGGGCAUGCGCGGAGCGACCAAAGUUGGCGUGAGCUGAACGUUGUGAUAUUGUUGUAUGCUUUAUUUACACACCUUGGUAAUCAAGAGGAGCUUUCCUGUCUUGACCGUUUGACAUCUCGCAAAGAUGGAUUUCCAGCAUCGAGCUGGUGGGAAGACGGGGAGUGGUGGGGUGGCAUCUGCAUCUGAGAGUAAUCGUGACAGGCGAGAGCGGCUACGCCAGCUGGCUCUGGAGACUAUUGACAUAAAUAAAGACCCCUAUUUUAUGAAGAAUCAUUUAGGUUCGUAUGAGUGCAAACUUUGUCUGACGCUUCAUAACAAUGAGGGAAGCUACUUGGCUCACACACAAGGAAAGAAACAUCAGACCAAUUUAGCGAGGAGAGCUGCCAAAGAGGCAAAAGAGGCUCCUGCUCAGCCAGCUCCAGCAAAAGUGAAAGUGGAGGUCAAGAAGUUUGUCAAAAUUGGUCGACCGGGAUAUAAAGUAACCAAACAGAGGGACCCAGAAACUGGACAGCAGUCUUUACUGUUCCAGAUUGACUACCCAGAGAUUGCUGAAGGUAUUGGGCCGAGGCAUCGUUUCAUGUCUGCUUAUGAACAGCGCAUUGAGCCUCCUGACCGUCGCUGGCAGUACCUGCUGCUGGCUGCAGAACCAUAUGAGACGAUCGCCUUCAAAGUACCAAGUAGAGAAAUUGAUAAAGCAGAAAACCGCUUUUGGACACACUGGAACAGAGACACGAAACAGUUCUUCCUGCAGUUCCACUUCAAAAUGGAGAAAGCCAUACCCCAGUCCAGUGGUCCAGCUCCCCCAGCAGGGGUGAAGCGCCCCCCUCCUCUUAUGAGUGGGGUUGGACCUCGCCCACCAAAUGAGAGUCUGCCCCCUCCUCCUCCAGGAGGGAUGGCUGUUCCCCCUCUCCCUCCUGGUACCCCAGGUGCCCCCCAGAUACCUCCUCAGAUGGCUAUGCCCCCAAUGCCAAUGAGACCUCCCCCUCCUGAGGGCAUGCCAAUGUCCAAUAACUGAUCCUCUACAGAGGGUUGGCUUUUAUCAUGCGAACACUGCUUGAUCUUCAGUGUCCAUAUUAAGUAGAUUUUUAUACAAUGUUUCUGGUCCUUGUAAAUGUGUAGAGCAGCCUGUUGUAACACCAUUUUUUUUGUAUAAAUACUUUGAUUCUGGAUAUGGAGCUGUGUUAAAAGAAAAAAAAAAGUUCAACUUUUAAGAUUUUGUUUUUGUAAUAAAUUCUGUGUAUAAAGACA